AUGAAUAAUUUAACUGAACCUAAAAACUCUGAUACAAGAGAGAAACCAUAUCAGAAGCCAUAUCGUUGUGAUAUCUGUGGUAAAUCAUUUUCUCAUAAUAGUGACCUGACUGUCCAUAAACGUGUUCAUACAGGAGAGAAGCCAUAUCAUUAUGACGUCUGUGGUAAAUCCUUCAUUGAAAGUGAUAACUGCAAUAAACACAAGCGCCUUCAUAUUGGGGAAAAACCAUAUCGUUGUGAUAUCUGUGGGAAAUCAUUUUCUUAUAAUUGUGACUUGACUGUCCAUAAACGUAUUCAUACUGGGGAAAAACCAUAUCAUUGUGAUAUCUGUGGCAAAUCAUUUUCAUGUAAUAGUGACUUGACUAAACAUAAACGUAUUCAUACAGGAGAGAAGCCAUAUCGUUGUGAUAUCUGUGGUAAAUCAUUCUCUCGAAGAAGUCUCUUGACUAUCCAUAAACGUAUUCAUACAGGAGAGAAGCCAUAUCGUUGUGAUAUCUGUGGCAAAUCAUUUUCAUGUAAUAGUGACUUGACUGUCCAUAAACGUAUUCAUACAGGAGAGAAGCCAUAUCGUUGUGAUAUCUGUGGUAAAUCGGUUUCUGAUAAUAGCACUUUAUCUCGACAUAAACGUAUUCAUACAGGAGAGAAGCCAUAUAGUUGUGAUGUCUGUGGUAAAUCAUUUGCUGAUAAUAGCACUUUAUCUCGACAUAAGUCUAUUCAUACUGGGGAGAAACCAUAUCAUUGUGAUAUCUGUGGUAAAUCAUUCUCUAGAAGAAGUGUCCUAACUAAACACCAGUGCAGGAUAGAAACCAUAUCAUUGUGAUAUAUGUGGUAAAUCAUU